AUGUGUGCAGAUGAACUUGAACCGUCAGCGUUACAAGCUAUGACCGCUGCUGUUACGAAGAUGGCUGAAGCAUUACAAGCGAGUUCUACUAAACCAUCUGGCACAACGUCGCUUGAAAGGCUACCUGUACCCACUUGGGAUGGUAAUCGACGCACCUACGCAACUUGGAAAAAGGAGUUCAAUCACUCAAUGAAAAAAUACAGUCAGGAUCCAGAUGAACAGCUGCAACGAUUCAGAAAGGCGAUGCCAAAGCAGUGCUGGUGGAGUGAACAGGUCAAGACCUGUAAGAGUAUUGAUCAAGCAUGGGGAAUUCUUGAUGUUGAGUUUGAAGAUAAGCGAAAGCUUAUGGACAGUCUACUAGCCGAUAUCAAUAACCUGAAAUCUGUUAAAAGGGACUCAAAGUCACUAACUAUGUUUGCAACGACAAUCCAAAGAUACGUCAACGACAUGGGAGACAAUGGCUGUGCUGUAGAUGGCGCCACUGAAUCACCUUUCUUCAUGUCUCAGCUUUUCUCAAAACUUGACCCACUGGACAAUGUUGAUUUUGGUAGAGAGAUGAAAAGACAAAGAUCAGAAGAAAAUGUAAAGAACCUGUUGGAUUGGCUACAUCAGGAGGCGAGUCUGCGCUCACGAGGAAAGAAAGACACUGACAACGAUGAGAAGAUUGAACGUCGUCAGCGAAGUGUUCAUCAAAAAAGAUCACUCAAUAACGCUACAUCUGUCUAUACGCCUACACAGGAUGACGAAUCCUGUCCCCUUGGUUGUACUGAAAGGCAUCUGCUGCCAGCGUGCCCCGUCUACCAGAGCUCAACCUUGAGUCAACGAUGGGAAGCAGUCAAAAAGCAUCAAAGAUGUCGAAAAUGUCUUAGAGCAUCACACCAUACCAACGAUUGUAAAAAGGCAGAUGGAACUUCCUGCGAUAAAUGUAAAAGAAAUCAUCACCGAUCUCUACAUAACGACAAAAAAACGUCAACUGGUGCUUCGUCAAAUACUGAUGGACAUCAAACUACGAAGGAAAUUGCCAACGCAGAGAACAAUACGGUCCAAGCAACAAAGCAAGAAAGCAAGAAAGCUAAGACACUCAAUGCACUGUGCCCAGUACAGAAAGUAAAGUCCUUAACAACGAGGGUGACUUUAUGGAAUGUCUUGCAAUGCUAG